CAACUUAACACCUAUGGAUUUAGGAAGAUUGAUCCAGACAAGUGGGAGUUUGCUCAUGAAGGUUUCUUGAGAGGGCAGAAGCAUCUUCUGAAGCUGAUUCGGAGGAGGAAAACGGUGCAACCAAAUGCCACUCUCCAAGCUCCGGACCCUUGUGUCGAAGUCAGGCGGUUCGGUCUGGACGGAGAAAUCGAUCGGCUGCAGCGAGACAAGCAGGUUUUAAUGGGGGAGCUGGUAAAGCUAAGGCAACAGCAGCAAACCACAAAAGGGCAGCUCCAAACAAUGGAGCGCCGCCUCAAAAAGACAGAGACAAGGCAGCAACUAAUGAUGAACUUCUUAGCAAGAGCAAUUCAAUUCCCUGAUUUCAUCCAACAACUCAUCCACCAAAAGGACAAGCAUAAAGAGCUUGAAGAAGGCAUCAAUAGAAAACGAAGACGACACAUCGACCAAGGCCUUUCCCCAACCUCCGACGAAUAUGACGAAGAAGACGAGGCGCCGUUCGCGAACGACAUCCAUGUGGAUGUCGAGCUACUAGCCGUUGAGAUGAACCAAAAUAACCAGCAUUUUGCUAAAGAAGAAAUGGGUGAAAAAGGAGAUGAAGCAAUGGAUGAUGGGUUUUGGGAGAAUUUGAUGAAUGAGGCUAAUGAAGAAGGGUUUGGAGUUCAUGGGUUUGAAGAACAAGAUGAUGAGGUUGAAGAUGGAGAUGAAUUGGUUGCUCAUUUUGGGUUUUUGAAUUCUAAUCUUAAAUAGAUGGAUCAUAGUUGAUUUUUGCAAAUAAUUGAGGUUUGGGAGACUGAAAUAUCGGUUUCGUUGGCUCGUCGGGAAGAAAGAUGGAGUGUAACCUGUAGAGCACAUGUGAGGCAGAGUCUAGUUGAUCACGUAGUAGAUCUCUAUCUCUCUCUAGAUAUCUACACGCUACUACUACUGCUACAGCUAUUGUUGUGACGGCAACCUAUACACAACAUUUGUAAUGGACCCAUGCAAGAUUACUAAAAUAAU